CGAAGGUUCAGAUCUUGGCACGUUUUUUCGGCUUCUAUUCAUUAUUCCGCGAGCCACCGGCGUAUUGAUUCGAAGUGGAUCCCACCAAAAAACAAUUUCUACUGGCUGGAGUCUCCGCGAACGUUCUCCUUCGUCGACGUUGCAGUGUGGACGGCAGAUUCAUCAGUUUCCGUACAGAAACAAACACCUCAAACGACAGCCGUGCACCGUGUCUUUCACUCCUUUGAACGGUGGUGCUGGUCUCAAAAGCGUACAGCCAUCGUCCGAUGACGACGCAGCUAAUGCCUUAAUUGUCCGGCGUGGUUUCGUGCGACGACAAGGUGUCGAGGAGAAUAGCGGCGUAAAGCCUGCUCGACCAAAAACAAAUACUUGGAAGUCGAGCCACAUAGAGCUGAACGCCAGAAUCAGUUAUAAACUACUAAAGCUAAGACUGCAUUCAUGCGGUGGAGCUGCGUCGUCUGCUGCGGCAAGGUGCGUUGACCAAUCAGAGGCCAGAACGCACCUUGCCGCAGGAGGAGUGCGGGCUGCAGCUGCGUCCAGGUGCUCGCCACCAGUGGACGCACGAGACUUGGUAUCUACUGCAGAAUUGGAGAAUGUGCGCAACACGAGGAUUUUAGAGAAGAAACGAGAAAA